AUGCAUCACUCUGCCGCCCAGGCGAGGCUCCCUCGCUGCGCCUGCAUCGCCCUGCCGCCCGGCGAGGCUCCCUCGCUGCGCCUGCAUCGCCCUGCCGCCCGGCGAGGCUCCCUCGCUGCGCCUGCGCUGCCUGCUGCCCGGCGAGGCUCCCUCGCUGCGCCUGCAUCGCCACGCUGCCCGGCGAGGCUCCCUCGCUGCGCCUGCAUCGCCCUGCUGCCCGGCGAGGCUCCCUCACUGCGCCUGCAUCGCCCUGCCGCCCGGCGAGGCUCCCUCGCUGCGCCUGCAUCGCCCUGCAGCCCGGCGAGGCUCCCUCACUGCGCAUGCGCUGCCUGCUGCCCGGUGAGGCUCCCUCGCUGCGCCUGCAUCGCCCUGCUGCCCGGCGAGGCUCCCUCGCUGCGCCUGCAUCGCCACGCUGCCCGGCGAGGCUCCCUCGCUGCGCCUGCAUCGCCACGCUGCCCGGCGAGGCUCCCUCGCUGCGCCUGCAUCGCCACGCUGCCCGGCGAGGCUCCCUCGCUGCGCCUGCAUCGCCCUGCAGCCCGGCGAGGCUCCCUCGCUGCGCAUGCGCCGCCUGCUGCCCGGCGAGGCUCCCUCACUGCGCCUGCAUCGCCCUGCAGCCCGGCGAGGCUCCCUCGCUGCGCCUGCAUCGCCCUGCAGCCCGGCGAGGCUCCCUCGCUGCGCAUGCGCCGCCUGCUGCCCGGCGAGGCUCCCUCACUGCGCCUGCAUCGCCACGCUGCCCGGCGAGGCUCCCUCGCUGCGCCUGCAUCGCCCUGCAGCCCGGCGAGGCUCCCUCGCUGCGCAUGCGCUGCCUGCUGCCCGGCGAGGCUCCCUCACUGCGCCUGCAUCGCCCUGCAGCCCGGCGAGGCUCCCUCACUGCGCCUGCAUCGCCCUGCUGCCCGGCGAGGCUCCCUCGCUGCGCCUGCAUCGCCCUGCAGCCCGGCGAGGCUCCCUCGCUGCGCCUGCAUCGCCCUGCAGCCCGGCGAGGCUCCCUCGCUGCGCAUGCGCUGCCUGCUGCCCGGCGAGGCUCCCUCGCUGCGCCUGCAUCGCCCUGCAGCCCGGCGAGGCUCCCUCACUGCGCAUGCGCUGCCUGCUGCCCGGCGAGGCUCCCUCGCUGCGCCUGCAUCGCCCUGCUGCCCGGCGAGGCUCCCUCAGUGCGCCUGCGCUGCCUGCUGCCCGGCGAGGCUCCCUCGCUGCGCCUGCAUCGCCCUGCAGCCCGGCGAGGCUCCCUCAGUGCGCCUGCGCUGCCUGCUGCCCGGCGAGGCUCCCUCGCUGCGCCUGCAUCGCCCUGCAGCCCGGCGAGGCUCCCUCACUGCGCAUGCGCCGCCUGCUGCCCGGCGAGGCUCCCUCGCUGCGCCUGCAUCGCCCUGCAGCCCGGCGAGGCUCCCUCAGUGCGCCUGCGCUGCCUGCUGCCCGGCGAGGCUCCCUCGCUGCGCCUGCAUCGCCCUGCAGCCCGGCGAGGCUCCCUCGCUGCGCAUGCGCCGCCUGCUGCCCGGCGAGGCUCCCUCACUGCGCAUGCGCCGCCUGCAAACUUGCUGA